AUGCAUUCCAGAAAGAGAUUUGAGCGCUUAUGGCGCUGUCAUCAACUGCCGAGCCCUAUCGGCGUUCGUAGCCGGGCAUGUUCGAACGUUUCCGCGCUCAUCCGGGAAUCUGAUGAUCUUGACCCCGAGGGAGAGGCAGUCAGCCAGCCACCACCAGCUGCGCCUUCGCAACAUCCGCUCCUCGUUCGACGGAAACGAACUAGGCACAGAAUGAAUGUGAAUCCAUUCCACAACGAGCAACAACCCAAGCUCGAAAAUGUCUCUAUCGGAGAGAAAUUGGCAAGCCUUCAUCAAGAAAUGGCAUCAUUGCGAAUGGAAUGCGACCGACUGAUUAAUAAGCAUCUGUUGGUCGAGAAAACGCUAAGCGAGGGAUGCAUCCUUUGCCCGAAUCCCGACACAUCCAGUGCUUACAAUACUGGAGGCGAAAGCUGCCGUUCCAAUUCAAUAACACCAGAUGGAGUGACUAAUCCUCCUCAGCCACCACCGGUAUCUGUUGAGGAUGUAUCCUUAACUCUGCAGCGAUCACCUCGAAUUUUGCACAGGUCAAAGAAUAUGCCAGUACCUCCAUCAAAUUCUGUUUCUCCUCAAAAUGUUCGUGCAGAAACGAGGAAGGAGGCAAAACCGAUGAUUCCACAACAGAACGUACCCGAGGUGGUAGAGGUCCCGACUCGAUUGCAUACUCCUGGCUAUGCUGACACUCCAUCAUCGAGCGUUGAAUCGUCUGUAUCCCCACUACGACGAUUUGCUCCUCUCCAUAUCGUCCCGAGGAAGGAAAGCGAAGACUGUGCAAAGCGAUUCAGAAUCCCAUCAUUGUCCAUUGUUGCGCGAGAUGAAAGCAGGCAGAAUCGAAAGGAUGGCGUAAUGCACCAAAAUCUCCCAAUGCCAAAGUUUUUCCGAAGUGUAAAAACAAAAACGAAGCUCUAUGUAUUCGACAAGCCUGUCGAAGAAAUGACUGAGAAUAGCGAUGAUCAUGCAGCUGGACCUUCAGUCAGUAUGCCCCAACAGUCUCAGCAAAAUGAGGCAAUUGUUUAUAAGUGGAAGGUGAAAAGACGCUGUGAUGGCUCCAGAUAUGUAGUAAAACGACCAGCACGAAGUCAAAUUCUAAAGAAACGAGCUGCUCAGCUUAUUCGCGAACGAACCGGCAUUAGCACUGAUGACGACGCUAUGAGCGAGCUAAAGCUUGGCCAUUUUCAUACCCGUGAAGAGCGAAAGAAGCAUUUGGAAGAGGAACGUAAACGAAAGAUCAGAAAUCAACAAAAACUCAUCGAAUCCAAGAUCUCACCGUCUGAUCAGAUGAUUGUCCAACUGUCCCAAAGAAAAAUGCAGCGGCGCAAGGAGAAAAUGUUACUGGACGGGUUCGUUACCACCCAAGAGGUGUUGAGUCAGCGCAAUCCGGACAGCAGUGCCAAUCAUGGUAUUCUUUCGGUGACUACUGUAUGAGCAUACUGUAAAGGAAAUGGGUAUUGACUGUGAUGACAUUAUGUAUCUGAAUAGGCCGAGUUGGUCAU